AAUUAAGAAUUUACAAAAACCACUAAUACUACUAACUACAUAAGAGCUACUGGCCUCUUUUUCCCUUCUUUUUUUUUACAUUAUGCGCUUAUAGAUUAUCCCUGUCAUUAUCGGGCAUCUUGCAAUUCAGUCAUAAUGAAAUUCCGUACCGCAUCGGCGCGAUCCUUCCGAUAUUUAUCACACAAAAGUCCAUGGGAGGGAACAUGUAUAGAUACUUGUCAAUUCAAAGGAGGAAAUGGAAGGAGAUAUAUCUCUGCCACUGCAUUAGGAUCUAGAAUUUCAGUCUCAGCUUCGGCUGGCUCGACAAUACCGAGACGCUUACUGGCUUUUCCCGCGGCUUUCGUUGCGGGACAGAGGAGGGGUUUCGCAACUGUUCAAAAUGGUAUAUACAUCUACUUUUCCAGACUGGAGUGAAACACUUACUAAGACGCCUACAGGAAAUCCGGACGAUCGAGGACCUAUGAGAGAAUACAAUGCGCGCGUUGCUUCGGGGCAAUUAAAGGACGAUGAGCAUCAAAGAGGUCAGCAACACACAUCCAUACUUUCAUUCCCAUAAUAAGGUCUGACGAAAGAUGCUUCUAGGCAUUAUACAAAAUCUUCAACAUCUUCACGACGAGUUACGAUAUUACCAUGCGCCCGCCAUUAUUCAUCCUACCCUCGAAUCUCUAAAACCCCCACCAACCUCCAUGUUUGCCCGUAUAUUUGGGAACAAACCCAAAGAAUUGGCAUUGAAGGAAAUACCAGAAAACCUUCCGCGAGGGCUGUAUCUAUAUGGAGAUGUAGGAAGUGGGAAGACCAUGUUGAUGGACAUGUUUUAUGAGACACUACCCAGUAGUGUUGCAUCGAAAACGAGGAUCCAUUUCCAUAAUUUCAUGCAGGAUGUUCAUAGGAGGUUACAUAAGAUGAAGAUGGAAUUCGGAAAUGAUAUUGAUGCUGUCCCGUUCGUGGCAGCGGAUAUCGCGGAGCAAGGGAAUGUGUUGUGUUUUGAUGAGUUUCAAUGUACAGAUGUGGCUGAUGCUAUGAUUCUUCGAAGGUAUUUCCCCUAUUCCUUUGGAGAGGUUCUGGUUUAUUCUGAUCUUCUAUAGACUUCUGGAGUCUCUAAUGUCCCAUGGAGUUGUCCUUGUCACAACCUCUAACCGUCACCCGGAUGAUCUUUACCGCAACGGCAUUCAACGAGAGUCCUUCAUCCCCUGUAUCAACCUCCUCAAGUCCCGACUCCAUGUAAUAAAUUUGGACAGUCCCACCGACUACCGAAAGAUUCCUCGCCCUCCUUCCGGCGUUUACCACUCUCCUUUAGACGCUCAUGCGCCUACUCAUGCCGAAAAAUGGUUUCGUUUUCUUGGCGACCCUGAACAAUCUACCCCUCAUUCAGAAACCCAGCGUGUCUGGGGUCGCGAAAUUCAUGUUCCAAAAGUUAGUGGCAAAGCCGCUAUGUUCACAUUUGAUGAAUUAAUCGGAAGGCCAACUAGCGCAGCUGAUUAUAUUGAAUUGAUGAGAAGCUACGAUGCAUUUAUCGUUACUGAUGUCCCCGGAAUGACACAUCAACAACGUGAUCUCGCCCGUCGUUUUAUCACAUUCAUUGACGCCGUCUAUGAAUCUCGCGCUAAACUUGUCCUAACAACUGCGGUUCCAUUAACGCAACUCUUUCUAUCGAAAGAAGAAAUUCGGGAUAGCAUGAAGCAAGAUGCGGAGGAUAAGCGAGGGCAGAAAGAGGAGUCGGCUGAAGGAGAAGAACUUAAUGAUGCAAUGAGAAUGAUGAUGGAUGACUUGGGUAUGAAUAUGAAUAUGUUGAAGAGCAGUAGCAUAUUCAGUGGAGAUGAAGAGAGAUUUGCGUUUGCGAGAGCGUUGAGUCGAUUAAGCGAAAUGGGAAGUCAGCAGUGGGUGGAGAGGGGCAUGGGAUUAGAGAAAGAUGGGGGAAAGAGUGAGAAGGAGGGGUGGCAAAAGGUUCGAAGUAAGAGGUUGGAGGAUAGUAUGUAGGAGGUGGUAAAUCUGGGUUGGGGAAGGUGGGGCGGGGGAUCUUUCUGAAUUGAGAUGCGCGAGAUACCAACAAGGGUUGGUAUAGAUGGUGAUGAGAGAAGAGAAGGUUACACGAGUUGUCUAUUUGGAAAUGGGAGAUUUGUGAGAGGGAGGAAGAGAGGGAGAGAGAGAUUUGAAAAUUUUGAAUACCACAUGUUACAGUAUAUCCAAGCGGUAUUAUAGAAGUAAAGAAUAUACCCAUCUAUAUACCACAUAACUUAGAGACAUUAUUAUCAAAU